UGCUUUUACUGCACGCUUUUCCACCUUCGCUUCAAAAAUAGUCACUUAAACAUUUUCCUAACCUUAAUUAUGUCUUUCUCUUGCCCUUUCAAACCUCUAUUUCCUCCUUCCAUUCAUACACAAUUUCAAUCCUUCCUUCCCUUCACUCUUCACACCUCUACUAUCGCUGAAUUUUCACUGAUAAGUUUUUCUUUCUCUUUCAGCUUCUUCAUCGACUCAGUAUUUUUUUUUUUUUGUUUCUAUUUUUAUUUUUUUUUAAUUCUGGUUUCUUAUAGUUAUAGUGCAUAUACCAUCACUCUUGAUUAAUCCUGAUCUGAGUUUCUUCCCUUUCUACUCAAUUUGGAAGAUCUGACAUCAAUUCUAACAUUAAUAAGUUGUUUAAGGUUUUGACCAACACUAGGAAGCAGUUACUCCUUCAAUUUUAGCUGGAUUUCAGAACCUGUGUUUUGGGUUAAUUACAGUGUAACUAAAGCUGUUCAACCGAAAUCUUUAAUUUGAUGUAAGCCCAAAUACAUAUUGGAUUCUUGUUCAGUGGAUCUGUGUGUAGUCAUAGCAUAAACCUUAAAAGAGAAUCAUUGAUCAGAUCGGAAGACAAAGCUGGCAAAUAAGUGGUGGGAGAGAGUAGAUGCAGCCAAUAUGUCAGGUUAUGAGCAAACUGCAGGUUCUCGCUAUGUUCAUCAACUCCUCAGGCCAGAGCUGCAUCUUCAAAGACCAUCACUUCCAGUCCAAUUAUCCCCCGAUUCUAAAGACAACACUUCACCUCAAUCCAAAGACCACAAGACCACUGACACCGACACUGCCGCCACCAGCUCUGGUGGUAGUUAUCGACGCCCUCGAGGCCGUCCUCCUGGCUCCAAGAACAAACCUAAGCCUCCGAUUAUUGUAACACGAGAUAGCCCCAAUGCUCUCCGAUCCCAUGUGCUCGAGGUUUCCACUGGCAGCGACAUCGUGGAGACCGUAUCCAAUUAUGCGAGAAAGCGAGGAAGAGGAGUCUGUGUACUUAGCGGUAACGGGACUGUUGCCAAUGUUACUCUGCGGCAACCAGCGUCUCCUGCUGGCAGUGUAGUAACUUUGCAAGGUAGGUUUGAGAUUCUUUCUCUCUCUGGAACGGUGCUUCCUCCUCCAGCUCCGCCUGGGGCGGGGGGAUUGUCGAUAUUCUUGUCUGGUGGACAGGGACAGGUUGUUGGUGGAAGCGUGGUAGGCCCUUUAUUGGCUUCUGGACCGGUGGUUUUGAUGGCUGCAUCCUUCGCAAAUGCUGUGUUUGAGCGUUUGCCUUUAGAUGAGGAGGAAGGAAACGUUCAAGUUCAGUCCACAGCCUCACAGUCUUCAGGUGUGACUGGAAGCGGUGGAGCUGGACAUCUGGCUGAUGGUGGUGGAGGAGGCAGAGGGGGCGGCGGCGGCGGCGGCGGUGGGGCCUUCUUUAACGUGGGAGGGAAUGUGGGGAAUUAUCCCUUUUCAGGUGAUUUAUUCGGAUGGGGAGGGAGUGCUACAAGGCCUCCAUUUUAGAACCAUCAUUUUGUUUCUUGGAGAUGUAGAUUUGAAUACCAUUUUGUAUGAUAAACAUGGUUGCUAUAGAGACCUUUCUUCAUUAAUUCGCUGACCAGAGUGGGGGCAGAAACAAAGGUCUGGAAACUUGAAGAUGUAUAUUCAUGGAGGCUAGCUGCUUCAUACUUGCAGCUUGAUGGAUUUGCAGACUUUUGUCAAGGUUAGCAAAGUUCCACUUUUCAUGUAUAAAACCAUUUGGGUUCCCCUUUUCAUUUCCUUUUGGAAUUAGUUUCUUCCAAUAUAUUUUCCUAGUUUAAUAAGUGCUACUUGUUGUUAGUAUAUUUUAUGAUGCAACUCUGAAUAGCUAGCUAGGGUUUACAUUAUAUUAUUAUUUUGUGUUUUCAUUUAUUGGGCAGCACCUUAUCAUAUGCUUUUGUUUUGAUUGAAAGAAUACAAGAAUGUGGCUCAACUUGUGAAUUUCUAUUA